CUAUUUUUAGUUUUAGUAUGACAGAAGAUCAGAAAUUUUGACGAAUUGAGGAAAUCCUAGUUGAUCCUGAGUUGUUUUAACAAAAUUGAUAAAAGCCCAGUUGGUUAAUUUUCAAGAAACAGUCUCCAAUAAUGGCUGAUAUUCCAGACUGUAAGGCUCUCAAAAGAAAUGCUAAGACCCCAGAUGGCAAUGAUGAAGAAAUUGAUAGGUUGAGUGCCCUUCCGGAUGAAAUUCUCUGCCACAUCCUGUCAUUCCUUUACAGUACAGAAGAUGCAGCACUGACCUCAGUCCUAUCCACCAGAUGGAGAAACCUUUUUGUUCAACUUCCUGAUGUUUAUCUCAGCAUCAAUACAGCUAGGCCUUUUAUGGGCGAAGAUGCUGAUCCGGAUCUUAUGUUCCCUGAUUUUCUAAACUUCGGCUUUAGACUUAUUCUGCGACGAAAUGGAGCUCCUUUAAGGAAAUUUCGUCUCUUUGUAAGACCCUGUGGUGACAAUUAUCGAUUAGGAAUUCACUCGUUGAUAUCCGCUGCACUUCUGUGCAAGGUCAAAGAACUUGAUAUUUGUCUGAUGGAGGAUGAAACAAGCAGAUUAUCACCACCGUUAAUGUUCACCUGCAAAACACUAGUGAGUUUGAAACUGUGGAAGGCUGUGGAUCUGAUCAUCCCUGACUUAGUUUCUUUACCAAACCUUAAGGUAAUGCACUUGAUAGGCUUCAAAAUGAAUUGA